UCUUUAAUGAUUUUCCGGGCCUUCCUUUCACACUGCCUGAUAUAGAGGUCCUGGAUGUCAGGGAGUUCGGCCCCAGAGAUGUACUGGGCUGUCCGCACCACGAUCGAGGACGGUGCAGUUGUCAUACCAAGCAGUGAUGCAGCCAGUCAAGAUGCUAUCAAUGGUGCAGCUGUAGAACUUUUUGAGGAAUUGAGAGCCCAUGACAAAAAGGUGCUAAAACGCCUUCUUCAUGACUGUGACUGUAUGUGUGAUUUGGAGCGCAAAGAACUUGACACUCUCGUCCCGCAUCAUUGCAGCCCCGUCGAUGUGGAUGGGAGAGUGCUUGCCUCAAUCCCAAAAUGUUUUUCCUGUAGUCCACGAUCAGCUCCUUGGUCUUACUGACGUUGAGGGAAAGGUUGUUGUCCCGGCGCCACACUGCCAGGUCACUGACCUCCUCCAUGUAGGCCGUCUCAUCGCCGUCGGUGAUCAAGCAUACCACCAUCGUGUCAUCAGUAAACUUGCACACUUGAUAUUGGUGAUGGUGUUGGAGUAGAGCAACACCAUUGCGAUUGAGGAGUCAAUCGCAAUGUAACUCUCGAGGCUAAUGUCAGAGUGUACUAUACUUGUCCCUCUUGUGAAAGGACUGUAUGUUAUUAAGCCGUUAGCCAUAAGCCAUUAGGCCAUAGCUCUUCAGAGGGGGUUUCAGGGAAAUCUGUAGAUAGACACAACGUCAGCGAGGACAUACCCCUGGAGGGCUUCCUCUCUCACUCUCUUUGAUUGUCUCCUUUUCGUUUCUUUUGGUUCGAUAUUUCAUCCUUUUAUUUGUACUGUAUCGUCACUGUGUGUGAUGCUGUAUAUUCACUCAUUUUUACGUGUACAAUUUUUUCCUCUGCGUUGCUUUUUAAUUUAAAUGCAAUAAAAGUGUAAUGGAUAUGUUCCUUUUUAGAUUGAAGAAUGUGCCUUACUGAUUGAAUUCUUAUAGAAACAGCUAUUUGAAUCAUUGACACCUCAACACAGUGGUUGUGCUGUUUUUGCACAUCGGACUCCAGUACUAUAUUUGAAGUUGUAUGAACAGUAAAAAGGAAAAUAAAUACAUUAUUUCCAGCAUUGAAUCUUGCACUGUGAAGUCCAUUGUACAAAAGCAAACACAUGCUAUCUGAAGCUUACCCUAAGGAAUAUAAAAGGUGUUGGUGAUGGUCCACUGUCUCUAUGACAGGCUUAUAAGCUCAAGUUUUUAAGAAGAGCUGUGAAAAUCAAACAUUCACCUGGGUUACAUAAACUCCAUUAAACUCUAGCCCAUGCCUACAGUACUUAACACGUUAGGCCCUCCCUCUCGAAUUGGGGGACCUCAGUAGAAUGGGCAAGCGUUCUAUAAACUCCAUGCUAUUUCUUCAACCAUUGCAAAUGUGUCUGACUCAUACAGCCUCCUGUUGAAACACUUUCCCUGUUUCCCAGACGCUGUCAUUGGAUUUGUUCUACUCCAGACAGGAGUGCCAUUCCUACUCCCGGUAUUUCAGACAGGCUUACUGACUGUCAAGGUUGUUCACCGGCACCGCACUGCCACCGACUCGACCAGACCUGAAAAUUGGCUUGAUUGUGUGCUCAGGACGCAACGAUGGGGAAGGACGCCGCAAGAGCAGAGUGGGACAAUCCCAUGCAAUUUGUCCUGGCGUGUGUAUCAUACGCGGUUGGACUGGGAAAUGUGUGGCGUUUUCCAUACUUGUGUCAAAUGCAUGGCGGGGGUGGGUUCCUGAUCCCAUACAUGCUCAUGCUGGUCCUGUUGGGGGUACCCCUGUUCUACAUGGAGUUAGCCAUUGGCCAGAAGAUGCGUCUGGGCAGCAUUGGAGCAUGGAGAGCUAUUAGCCCCUAUCUGGGGGGAGUGGGUAUGGCCAGUGUUGUGACCUCCAUGUACCUAUGCCUCUAUUACAACGUCAUCAAUGCAUGGAGUUUCUGGUACCUCUUUCAUUCAUUCCAGUCGAUCCUGCCAUGGGCAGAGUGCCCGGCUAACAGCAACCUGACCGGCCCUGUGGAGGAGUGUGAGCGGGCCACGCCCACCCAGUACUUCUUCUACAGAGAGACCCUGGACAUCUCCGGGUCCAUCGAGGAGAACGGAGGGAUUCACAUGGGACAGGCGCUCUGCCUCCUGCUGGCCUGGAUUAUUGUCUACCUGUUCAUCGUCAAGGGGGUCAAGUCCACCGGGAAGGUGGUGUACUUCACAGCCACAUUCCCCUACCUGGUCCUCAUCAUCUACCUCAUCCGUGGGGUCACCCUUCACGGAGCCAUCAACGGUGUGAAGUACAUGUUCACGCCCAAGAUGGAACAGCUGGCUAAACCCACCACGUGGAUCAACGCGGCCACUCAGAUCUUCUUCUCUCUGGGCCUGGGCUUUGGAUCCCUCAUCGCCUUUGCCAGCUACAACCAGUACAACAACAACUUUGAGAAGCAGGCCAUCGUCGUGUCCAUGGUCAACAGCGGCACCUCCAUCUUUGCCAGUAUCGUCACCUUCUCCAUCUAUGGCUUUAAGGCCACCUUCAACUACGAGAGCUGCCUGGAGAGGGUGCGACUGCUGCUCCUGAACACCUUUGAUCUAGCAGAGGACACCAUCAGUCUGGAGAAUGUCAACCACUGGAUCGCUGAGCUGAACAGGACACACCCAGAACAGUUUGCCAGUCUGGGAGGUAGGCUGGAGACCUGUGACCUAGAGGCUGAACUAGACACGGCUGUUGAGGGUACAGGCCUGGCCUUCAUAGUGUACAGUGAGGCCAUUAAGAACAUGCCCGUGUCUCAGCUGUGGUCUGUGCUCUACUUCAUCAUGCUGCUGCUGCUGGGCAUGGGCAGUAUGCUGGGCAACGUCAUCGCCGUCAUCACCCCCCUCAGUGACUUGAAGUUCAUCAGCCACUACAUGAGCACCAAAACACUCAAUGGUCUGGUGUGUCUAUUCUGCCUGCUGCUUGGCCUGGGCUUCACCACCCGCUCUGGGAACUACUGGUUCACCAUGUUCAACGACUAUGGAGCCACCUUCUCUCUGCUCUUCAUCGUCCUCAUUGAAGUUAUCACCGUCUGCUACAUAUAUGGCAUCAAAAGGUUUGAGAAGGAUGUAGAAGACAUGUUAGGUCAUCGUCUUAACUGGUACUGGAAGAUCAUGUUGGCAGGAGUCAGUCCCAUCCUCCUCAUUGCCCUAUUCAUCUUCUACAUCGUCAACUACAUCCAGGGAGGAACGCCCACAUACCAAGCCUGGAACAAAGAACUGGGGAAGUCUGUGGUGACGGAGUAUCCUCCCUACGCCCAAGCCUUCAUCGGCCUCCUCCUAGCCUCCUCUGUCUGCUGUAUCCCUUUGACGGCCCUCUACACCUACUGUAAGAAGAGGAACCUGGCCAGUGGGAAGAGAGAGCGCACUGUCAGCACUGUGUCAUUGUAAAGACCGACGUAUUGGUUGACAGACAGAGUGACACAAGGCAGAGCUGCUACAUUACGGCCCUGAGACUGACUGGACCCGCUAGUUAUAGGAUCGACAGCCUACCUUACGUAUCAUGGCUGUCUUAACAGAACAGUACCUCACUCCCCUGGUGCAGUGGUUCAUGCCACACCACAAACCAAAGGCCCUCUUUCUCCCCCCAGGGCAGGCUGGCUCUGCCACUGUGCUGCUGGUGGACAGACCGCCAGAUCUGUACCUAGCAUUAGCCCUAGUCGUCCUUUGACAACUAACACUUACUGGGUGAUAAUAACUUUUGUAUUUUGUAGCUGUGUUUCUGAGCAGGGCUUAGAACUACGUCCAAAAUAUUUCAGAAGUGAAGAACGAACAAAUACUCUUGUCAAUGGUUUAUUGCAUUGUUUAAAGGCCCAGUGCAGUAAAAAGCGUGAUUUCCUGAGUUUUAUACAUAUUUCUAGGCUAUGAGGUUGGAAUAAUACUGUGAAAUUGGGGAAAUUAUUAUAAUCCCCCUUUAGUGUAAGAGCUGUUUGGUGGGAUGGAGCGUGGUAAAUCAGUUAAUAGACCAAUAAGAAAGAGAGAUCCAAACCUCUGCAUAUAACAGCUUAGUUUUCUGUUUUCUCCUCCCCACUCAGAUCACUCCAAGACAGUCCUAGCAAAAUUCUUGCCUGAGAAAUUGCUCUUUGCUAAGUAGCUAUUUUAGUUUAUUUUUGACCAUUUUAAAUGAAUACAAUCACAGUAAGGUACUUAAUUGUAACCCAUCAAUUAUUUGAUAUUGAGAUAAAAACGGCUGCAUUGGACCUUUAAUGUUUAGCUUUCAGUAGCAGAUUCUUUGAGACAGUGUGUCAACCCUCUUUAUUUAAAGCUCCACAAAAUGUUUAAGAUAUUUUUUCCCUUAAAUGUCAUUAUGGUGAAGUAUUUUGUAUCCCAUUGGUUUACUGUAGAUAUUUUGUAGAUAUUCUGUAGAUUACUCAAUGAGUUGUGAGAUAUGUUGAGUGCCUGGAUGUACAAGGCAGACCUUCGUCUGACUCGGUUAUGACUGAAUACAGUCUGACUGGUGUCAAAUGACCAAGAACAACUUGUAGAAAUGGCUGUAUGUUUGCAAACAUACUGAUAAUUUCACAUGUAACGAACAAAUCUCUAUGACCAGGACCAAGACCAUAUCUAUACCUAUGGGCUUUGUUGUCAAUCCACCAUCAGUGACUUCUAACCAGGAUCAUACUUGGUAGGGUGCAAUGUAACAGAAUGUUCAGAUACAUAUAUAUUUGGUAUAACAUACACUAUUUUCUGUCUAAUGGAAUUGGAAAUCAUGUCAGCUCUAUAGGAAGCAUUUCUUUCUGCAACAUUCCCAGAACGUUUCAGCUCCUGAACGCGUGAAAGUAUCUGUGCUCUUCUAAAUAGAAAGUACUGUAGUGUUGCACUGCUGUUAUAGAAUCCAUAUCAACUGGACUUAGGAUACAGCCCAAUGGCUAUGCACCAAUGUGCUGUGCAUAUUCACAAACAAAAACACCAUGUAGGCCUACACUUUUUACAGUCAAAUGUAUGGGUUUGCACAGAAACAAUUGCCAAACAUGUUGUAAUACUGUGAGCAUUUUUAAUGUGAACAAUUUGAAACAAUAACAGGGGCGCAACUUUCACUGGGGACAGGGUGACAUGCCCUCCCACAUUCUGAAAUUGCAUUUUUGUCCCCUGCCGGUUUUGUCAUUGGAAUGUGAUACAAAAUGUGGCAACUGUGUGCUUUAGGACCAUGCAGAGGCCUCCGAGCGGUCGGGUAGGCUGUUUGAAGUGUUUAUUAUGUUGAGUACAGGUUGGUGUUAGUGUGAACCAAGUAUUGGUGUGAACAAUUCUUAUUUUAACUGUUCAUAUGUGUUAUGUGUUCAUAUUUUAUAAGUAGUAUUUUCUAUGGUGAAAUUAUUAAAGACAUGAAGACAUUU